AUGAACGUAGUACACAGGGAAAUAACAACUGGUAAAAACAAAACACGAACCAACUUUACAGCAGAUUUUGCAAGAAGAGACGCAUCUUUGGGUAUACGCGGUACUUCCCUACUGCCAGUGUCCUCAUACUGUCGUGCAAGCAAAAAUACGAUGAAAGGUCCUAGGUAUCAAUUCGAUGCUACCGUGAAAACUUCAACCAAACGGUCAUCUAUGGGACCUCCUUCAAGGCCUCCGCCUAGUUCCAAAAAAAGAUUAAUAAGCUCGAUCUCGUCAAGACUAGAGUCGUCUUCAAGCGGAAGACAGAUGCCCGCAGUACUAGCUAACGAUUCCACCGCUGAUACUUCCAACGACAUGCGCACACCCAGGAAUCGGCCAACCGCCUUGAGAUACAUAAGCAGUAGUAGUAGAGGUGGUUACAGCGGCGCCAGAUCGGGCAGAUCAACGAGCGUGUCCGCAGUAGAAGCUAGUGUUAUUUUAGCUAUAUCGGAAGGCAGAGGAAUGGCCCGCGGGGAAAUAGGAAUGGCAGCCGUCGAUCUAAAACAUCCACAUCUAGUACUGUGUCAAUUUAGUGACACGCUCUUAUACACUCACACACUAACAAAAAUAAACUACUUCAAUCCAGUUGAGAUAAUUGUGCCGCACACAUUCUGCGAGGGCGUGAAACCGAAUCAACUUUAUCAAUUGAUAAAAGACCAGUUCCCUUUGUGUACCCUAACGACGGUACAAAGGAGGCAUUUCAAUGAUUCAGCAGGCCGUCAGAACAUACAGACGCUUUGCGCACCGCAAUACAGCGGGGCUUAUCUCCAAGUACUGCAUAAAUUUUACGCACUAACCGCUGCGGCAGCGGUGCUGAAAUACGUAGAACACAUCCAAUGUAUAGUUUUCGCAAGAGAAUCUCUCAAAGUCGAAUAUAAUUCGUCAGAAAACACUAUGAUUAUUGACGUAGGUACGGCAACGCAACUGGAAUUAGUUCAGCCUUUAGUUCCUUCGGCUGGACCAAUGUGUUGUCUUCUUGGUGUGCUUGGCCCGACUUAUACUGUUGGAGGGAUUAGGGCAUUGAGGGCUUCUAUCUUGCAACCGUCUUGCAAUAAACAAUUAAUUGAAUCAAAACUAGAUGUUCUUCAAGAUUUAAUUGAAAAUGACAAUGGUUUGAUGGCUGAUUUACAGGACAUUUUAAGAAGGCUAUCAGAUAUUGAUAAAAUAUUAUUCUUGUGCAUUGAGCAUAAUAUUCAAAAUGCUGACAAAUUAGGAGAGGCGCAGCUCAAUCAAGUGUUAAUUCUAAAAACGACAAUGAAUAUGGUACCAAAACUAGUUGAAGCUUUGAAUCGUGCCGAAAGUGGUCUAUUAAGACAAUUUAAAACGGAUUUCGAAAAUCCACAUUACAAUGAAAUUGCCGAACGCAUAAAAAAUAUCAUACAAGACGACGCGCAUUUCGAGAAGGGAGUAAUGGGUAAUCUCCAAAGAUGUUUUGCAGUCAAGCCCGACAUUAACGGACUCCUCGAUGUGGCCAGAAGGACGUAUUCUGAAUUAAUAGAUGACAUACAGAAAAUUGUCGAACAGCUCAGCGAGACAUACGACCUGCCUCUGCGGCUAAACCAAAACGUUAUGAAAGGAUUCCACAUAGUUUUACCUAUAGCUCCAAAAAACAGACGCAAUUUCAGUAUUGAAGAUCUGCCCCCAAUUUUCAUACAGGUACACAACAACGGAGCCAGCGUAUCGAUGUCGACUGAAGAACUUGUAGUUCUCGAUCAACAGGCAAAGGAAUCUUUGAAUGAAAUACAAAGAAUGAGUAACAUAGUUAUCGAUGCAUUAUUGAAAGAUUUAAGGCCAUACAUGUCGAGUCUGUACAAAUUAUGCGAGAACGUGGCUGAAAUUGACAUCCUCCUGGCAUUAGCACAGGUUCGGAUUAUACAUAUUUUAAUGCAACAAAAGCAUUAUAACUCGUACCUCUUAACUUCUUAUAUGUUCCAGGCUAGCAUGGCAGGGUCGUAUAUCAGACCGGAAUUUAACAGCUAUUUAGAAAUAAGGAACAGCGUCCAUCCGUUAUUGGAUUAUAACAGUCACGUGAUGCCAGUUCCAAAUGACAUAAAUGCCAGCCCAGAAUACAAUUUCACUAUAAUCACCGGUCCGAAUAUGGGCGGCAAAAGUGUUUAUAUAAAACAGAUUGCUAUUAUGCAUGUUAUGGCGCAAAUUGGUUGUUUCUUGCCCGCCACUAAUGCUGUACUGCGACUUAGUGACAGAAUAUUUUCGAGAAUCGGUUUCAACGACAGCGUUGAGUUGAACGCUUCUACUUUUGUUUUCGAGAUGAAAGAGAUGCAGCAUAUUUUAAAAGGACUGACGCCAUCAAGUCUGGUCAUAAUAGACGAACUCUGUCGCGGUACAACAUACGAAGAGGGAGUCAGUAUAGCCUGGGCGAUCUGUGAAGAAUUAAUAUUAUCUGACGCUUUCACGUUCUUCACAACACACUUUUUAUAUUUGACGAAAUUGCAACACCUUUACUACAACGUGGUCAAUCGCCAUACUACUGUUAAGGAAGAAAACUUUGAUGAACUGAACGAUUCUCAUAAAAAACUGAUUUAUGAACAUAAAAUAGAAUUAGGAGUUACGAACAUAAAAAACUAUGGAUUGGCAUUGGCAGCAAAAACAAAUUUACCAGAAGACACCGUAAAACUUGCAUUUGAACUAGCAGAACUUAUGACCAUUGAUGAAGAGACGCCAGAAACCAUCCCGCCGCAAAGAAAUGACGAAAGAGAACUUUAUAUUUUAAAUGCAGAGCUACAAAAAGAAUAUAGAAAAAAUGGAGGUUCAGAGAAAGCUUUGGAAGCCAUCAUAAACAAAUUCAAAGAAAAUAAUGCUGAACUCGUUGAAAAAUUGAAAAUUCAAACCAGCAACAAUCCUUCUAGUUCAAGUAACGAAUGUUGGUCAAGUGACCCUAAAAAAGGCUAUUCAAAUAAUGCCAGUGGCAGUGGUAAAAAACCUUUGGAAUAUAAUAGAGCACCCGAACAACUAAGUACCGAGUCUUUAACAGAUAGCGAAAAACCCGGUGCUACAGAGAUAUACCCACAAAUCAAAUCUUCCAAUGAACUAUUGACAAGCAUGAAAAAUAUAAAAAACAAAUCUCAUACGAACAUUGACGAAGACAUACAAACGAUUGGUAUAGAAAACGUUAAUACUAAAUUAAAUAAUUUAUCUCCAAAUUGUUUAAAUGAAAGUAAUCAUUACAUUGAAGAAUACCAAAAUACGUUAAGCACGGAACAUGAGAAUUCACUCAGUGAUGAAGAUUUAUCAGAAGCACUAACGCAGGUUAUAGGAGAAUGUUCCAAUUCAUUCGAUCAUUCAAUAGAUAAUGAGGAUAGGGCUACCGAUGAAACCCUUAUGAUAGAAACGAUUAACGAAAUUAAUGAGGAAUUGAACAAUGCAUCUAGUUAUAAUUUUAACGAUUUAAUUUUAACGCCACCAAUCGCUUUCAGGGACAUUUCGUAGAAUAAACUAAAUGUCUUUUCA